CCGCCGCCGCCGCCGCCGCUCCCGCUCCCGUCCGCGCUCGGGGCACCCGGCCUGCACGGUCGCUCCCAGAUCUGCACGACCCGCGGCGCUCCCAGGGCACCGCAGCUGUUUUUCUCCGUUUUCCUUUGCGUUCAGUUUGCACGGGAGGUUUCUGCUCCCUUUUUAUUACUUUUUUUCCAGAAUGGAUUAUUUGCCCAUGAUUUUCUCUCUGCUGUUUGUGGCUUUCCAAGGAACUCCAGAAACAGCGGUCUUGGGCGCUGAGCUCAGCACCGGGGCUGAUAAGGGCGUGGAGAAGCCCCCUCCCGGGGCACCCUGGAGGCCCCGCCGGUCCAAGCGCUGCUCCUGCUCAUCCUUGAUGGAUAAAGAGUGCGUCUACUUCUGCCACCUGGACAUCAUCUGGGUCAACACUCCCGAGCACGUUGUUCCCUAUGGACUUGGAAGCCCUUCUAGGUCCAAGCGAUCCUUGAAGGAUUUAUUUCCUACAAAGGCAACAGACCACAGGGAUAGAUGCCAAUGUGCUAGCCAAAAAGACAAGAAGUGCUGGAAUUUUUGCCAAGCAGGAAAAGAACUCAGGGCCCAAGACACUAUGAAGAAAGGCUGGGAUAACUAUAAGAAAGGAAAGGACUGUUCCAAGCCUGGAAAGAAGUGUAUUCAGCAGCAGCUGGUGGAAGGAAGAAAAAUUAGAAGGUUGGAGGCCAUAAGCAACAGCAUCAAAACAUCUUUUCGUGUGGCCAGGCUGAAAGCUGAGCUCCACAGAGAGCAGAAGGUGAAGCACAACCGAGCACGCUGAUUGCAGAGCUCUGGGCCUGUCGGAAAACAUCGCCUCCGCGGACAGAGCCCUGUGGCCAGCUCUGCACUCUCUGCACACUGGCUGGGAUCAGAGCAGGAGUGUCCUCCCUGCUGAGACUGUUUCUUGUUCCUGACUGGCAAAGGACCAGCGUCUUUGUUCUAAAACAUUCCAAGAAAAGUUAAGGAGUUCCUCCAAACUGUCUCCAUUUGCUUCCAUCGGUGGUAACUGCUUUCGUCUCUUCUUUUGUUCGGGGAUGACAAUGGACCUCUCAGAAAGCAGAAAGACACAAUGACAUUGGACUUAGGGUGGCAUCCUCCAGAGGGAGGAAGGAGAUUCCACACGAGGGUGGAGUUUCUGAAGAGAGUCCUAAGGGAGGGUUUGUGUCGGACUCAGGCGCCUGGCACAUUUCGGGGAGAAACUCCAAAGUCCACGCAAAGAUUUUCUAAGGAAUGCACAAAUUGAAAACACACUUGAAGGACAAAUACUCUAGUAAGAAAAAAAAAAAAAAGAAGGACUUUUAAAAAAAUUCAUAAAAUGCAAAACUGAGAAACUGUUACUACUGUAAAUCAGAAUGUGUUUCAUGAAUAUGAGUCUACCUCACCUAUGUUGCACUCUGGCCCUAGUAUUUCCCAAUUUUAAUUCCCACCCCAAACUCUUCCUUCUCCUGCGCCCCUCCACCCCCAUACUACAUCCUAGCCUCAUACAAGUCUGGUCUAAUGUGUCAGUAGUAGAUGUAACAUUUUCAUGGUAAUCUACUAGCUCUGAUCCGUAAGAAAAAAGAUAAUAGAAUCAGGAGAUUCCCUUGCCUUGAUUUUUGGAAACGAUAAUGGUAUAGGGAUGUUUAUGAAAGAUAUUGAAAAGUAAAUGUUGGUUAUGCUUUAAAGCAGUGAAAUUAUUUCCCUUUAUGUAACUGGUUAAUAGAAGAGGUUGGAUUGAAUUUUGAUGUACUUAUUUUUUUAUAGAUAUUUAUAUUCAAACAAUUUAUUCCUUAUAUUUACCAUGUUAAAUGUAUGUUUAGGCAGGCCAUAUUGGUCUAUGUAUUUUUUUUUAAAUGUAUUUCUGAAUGAAAUUGAGAAAAUGCUUUGUUUUGCCUGUCAAGGUAAUGACUUUAGAAAAUAAAUAUUUUUUUCCUUACUGUA